AUGCCUUCCCUCAAACAAAUCCUCCUCAUAGCUCCCACCCUUCUCGCAACAAUCCACGCCCAAGGCGUCCUCCUCUCAGCCCAAGGAACCAAAGGCUCCCCAGCUUCACUCCCCCUCCAAGUCCAAGUCAACACCAACGACGCCAAUAUCAUCAAACCGGCCGAAAUCAGCAGUAACGUCGUCAACGAAUGCGGACGCACUCUCCUCAAUGGAAACAUCGACAUAGGCGAAAACACCGAAACCCAAUUGGCCGCCAAGACGGUCACGUCGGUGACGAAAGGCAGCACGGUCAAUGUGGUGAUGCAGCAGGGAGGCACCAAUGGUGCCGGCCCUUAUACGUGUGAUUUGGAUCCGACGAGUAAUGCACAGGGGUCGGGCCAGACAAAUUUGACGGUUAAGGAGUCGGGUGCGAGUGGUGGGAAUAUUAAAUUGGCGGUUACGAUGCCGAAGGAUAUGGCUUGUAGUGGUGCCUCCACAGGAAACAUCUGCACAGUCCGCUGUUUUAACGCCGUCGCCGCCGGCCCAUUCGGCGGCUGCUUUGCCGUCAUGCAAACCGACGAAACCGCUAGUAAAAACUCGCCUGGGACGAUUUCUACGGCGCAGACGUUGGAGGGUGUCCAGGCUCAGGUUUUGCAAAACAACAAAGAUCUCCCCGCAGCCGUCCAAGCAAAUUCUGAAGCAAAGCUCAAUGAACAGGGUCUUUUUGCAGUCCAGGCACUGCUGAGUUCUUCGCUGGCGGCGGUGCCGACUAGUUCGGGUACUGCGGCGGCGGCGGUGGCUACGAGUGCUGCUGCUGGUAAGAAAAAUGGGAAUGGGAAUGGGAAUGCGAAUGCGAAGAGCGGGGGUGGGAAUGGGAAUGGGAAUGCUAAGAGUGGGAAUGGGAAUGCGAAUGCGAAUGGGAAUGCUAAGGGUGACAAUGCUAAGAGUGGGAAUGGGAAUGGGAAUGGGAAGGAUGGGAGGGCUUUUGUUGCGUAG